CUAUGGCCACAUGUUAAGAAUAUAACAAUAGCAACUGGAGGGUUUCUUUUUACUGGUGACUUUGUCCACACAUGGCUUGCAGCAACUCAGUACAUAGCCCCCCUAAUGGCCAAUUUUGACACGUCGGUGUCUGAAGAUGCAUGUGUGAAAUAUGCUGAUAACGGUACCGCAUUUACUGUCCAGUGGGACAAAGUGAAGCUGAAAGAUCACCAGGAUGCUGGCACAUUUACUUUCCAGGCAACAUUGCAUCAGUCGGGAGACAUCAUAUUCACUUAUAAACAGAUACCAGUCACUGUCACAAGCAUCCACGAUGAUGAGCAUCCAGUGAAAGUUGGGCUGUCUGAUGCGUACAUAGUAAAAAGAUCGUACCAUCUUUUUUUUUAUGGUAUUGAAUAG